UUCACGACGAACAGAAAGUUUUCUCCGCCGGUGUUGACUUCAAACUCUCAUUGAUCAGAUCGGUGCCAACUUCUAAACGCAAAUGGAGAACACGAGAAUCUUGAUCUUGGGUUUGGCUUGUUUAGCUAUUAUCUCCGUAGCUAAAGCUCUGUCUCAUGAACCAGAACUUGGUUCUGCUCGUGUCGUCUUCCAGACUAGUUAUGGAGAUAUUGAAUUUGGAUUCUAUCCCACUGUUGCACCCAAGACAGUGGACCACAUCUUCAAGCUUGUUCGUUUAGGAGGCUACAACACUAAUCAUUUCUUCAGGGUUGAUAAAGGUUUUGUUGCUCAAGUUGCGGAUGUGGCGAGUGGACGAUCAGCCCCGAUGAAUGAGGAGCAAAGGAUAGAAGCUGAGAAGAAAAUUGUGGGAGAGUUCAGUGAUGUCAAGCAUGUCAGAGGUACUCUUUCCAUGGGAAGGUAUGAUGAUCCAAACAGUGCACAAUCGUCAUUCUCGAUGCUUCUUGGUGAUGCUCCUCAUCUUGAUCGUCAGUAUGCUGUGUUUGGUAAAGUUACUAAAGGAGAUGAAACAUUGAGUAAGCUAGAAGAAGUUCCCACUCGCCGUGAGGGGAUUUUUGUAAUGCCGACGGAGCGGAUCACGAUUUUGUCGACAUACUAUUACGACACGAAAAAUGAGAGCUGUGAAGAAGAGAGAUCAGUCCUGAAAAGAAGGCUUCAAGCAUCUUUUGUCGAGGUCGAAAGACAGAGAAUGAAGUGCUUCCCGUGAAUCCAGAACUGUUCAACAAAAGCCUAAAAACACCAGGGGAACACAAAGGUUCUGAGCACCAAAUAGUCAAAUUCUGAUCUAGUGAAAUAAGCUCGGAGGAAAUAGCAACAACACAUGUGCUAUGCUUUUGUUGCUCUUCUUCUCUCUCCAAAAAAACAAAGGCAUGUCUCUCACACAAUUAGUCUUUUCACUUUCGUUGACUUUUGUCUCUUCCUUCAUCCUCACUUUUGUCCCUUACCUCUUAGUUUUACAUUUUUAUUUUGUUUUUGAGUCUAAAAGCCCAAACAUUACUAUCUCUUCUGCAUUAAAGGAGAUGUGGCUUGUUGUGUCUGUUGUUUAGGGUUUAUAAAGGACUCUUAAAAAAAAUUAGACCUCAUGUUUUUAGUUAGAACCUAUGGGUUAGUGUUUGGGAAUUGUAGUGGUGUGACAACUUUAGGUGACCCACACAGUACUUGUUUAGCCCAUUGGUUGCAACUUACAAAAGUUUUUGGUA